CCGUACACAUGUGCGUGCAUGUGCGUGCGCUAGAGAGAGAGUCGCAUCGCAUCAGGCAUCGGCGUCGCGCGUCGCCAGAGCCAGUCAGCUGGCCCGCCAGGCCCGCCAGGCCCGCCAGGCCCGCCUGUCCGCUCGCCUGCCACGCAAGUCCAACGCAGUCCACCUGAAUCCAUCGUUCGCUCGCCUCCUCCGGCGCUACGUUCAGACGGUACAUACUUGUUGCUCGCGCGCAAAGAGAGAGAGAAUACGGGAGAAGAAAGGUGGGAAGAAGAAGCGGCCGCGGCCGAGGGAGGACGAGAGGGAAGAGAAGCGGGAAAGAAAGGAAAGGGAACGCACCGGUACGCAGAGACGGAUACACAACACACGCACCCGACGCCUUCGCCGACAUCUUCGUAUCGCUCGACGGGCAACGGGCAGACACUCAGCGAGCCUCCCGCAAACCGGUGAGAGAGCGCGUCUCGAUCACGAUUUUCGAGCGCACAUGAAGUUCACCAUGUCGCAUCAUAUUGUUACCGUCUGCGUGGUGUGUGUAUUGUGCGCCGCACAUGUGCCCUGCUCGGCGCAUACGAAUCCAUCAGGAACAGUGCGCAAUUCGACAAACACCAGAGAUCCCUCCAGUCCGGACGAGCAAUCAUUUUCGACGCUAAUAAGUUCCCAGGAUACAUCACAUCCAGACACGAACAGUCAAAGCUCGUAUCCGAAUAACUUUGUUAGCAAUAAACGCGACACUGUAAGAUUUCACAGUACGCGAUACGUUAAUCGUAAUAAUAAUAAUAAUAAUGUCCCGGUAGCCGUUAAUGCAAUACCAACCGCAUCGCGCGAUGCUUACCUUCUUAAAAAGGAGAUAACGGAAAACUUCAAAGGCGGUGGGAAUGCACGAAAUACCCAGUCGUCGAUUGCGAGCGCGGAUGUGUCUGUAAAUUCGAGAGACGUGGAACUUUUGGAGCGACUAGCUCAAACGGAAUUAUCAUCGAGUGUAAAACAUAAAUCUAGUGCAGAUUUACAUACCGAUUAUAGAUCUAGAUUAAAAAGAGAUGUAGCUGUAGACGAAAUGUACUUCAUGAAGAAGAUUUUCGAGGCCUAUGGUGACGGAACGAGUAUAACUAUGGAUGGUUUCGAGAAACUUGUCCGUAAAUUGGGUCUAUUGAGAUUGUUGACCGACGCAUCGAAGCUAGAAAAUGGCAGCACUGAAACAAGUAACAAUAAGAAUUAUCCAAAUAACGGCCUACAUGACGUAGAUAGCAAGAAUAACAAGGAAAGGUGCUUAAACAGCCAAGAAUUGCUGAGUACCGUCGCACAGGAUACGCAUUAUACUUUCUCUAAUAAUGCCACAACAAUGCCCAGCUGGCUCUUCGAACGCGUAUGUCCGGCUCUUGUAUAUCAAUUAGCAGCUGAAUCCAGUUCAGAGAGGAAUGGCUGUAUACGGGUACCCGAAAAUUACAAACCCGUAUCUCUCGAUAAGUUUUAUACAGAUGAUUCAGGGCGCAAUACUUUCAAAGUCUGGAUAUAUUCAACAAUUAGUAUUUUCAUAAUUAGUCUUAGUGGGUUACUCGGUGUAGCGGUAAUUCCGAUCAUGAAAAAGAAUUACUAUCAUCAUGUGCUACAGUUUCUAGUUGCGUUGGCCGUAGGUACUUUAACCGGCGAUGCCCUUAUUCAUCUGUUACCACAUGCGAUGAUGCCCUCUCAUCACGAACACGAUGAACAUGACGAUCAUCGCGAAGAAAAUACUUUAUCGAUUAAUCACGUGGAGCAACAUAAUUCAAACAUGUGGAAAGGAUUAGUCGCUAUGAUGGGUCUCGUGUUCUUUUUCUUUACCGAGAAAGCAUUAAUCAUGUUAGCGGAAUGGCGGAAACGUCGACAACGUCGGAACAAGUUACCUACGCGCGUACGAGUAAUGAGAGAGAGUGACGGGCCAAACAGUAAUGUUGUCGGUGAAAAGUUAUGUAAACACAAAUAUUCAUCGUAUCCGUAUUGUUAUGGCGAGAUUGCUAGCGAAACUCAAGAUAAUCAUCACAAUCGCCAAAUUAAUCACCACGAAAGACCACCUAUUAUCGAAGAAGAGAAGCCGUUGACAUCGAAUUGCAACUCCACGAAAAUUGUUAAUGAUAUGGAGAAGAAACCGAAGGAUGAUUGGAGAUUGGAUGAUUCGAUCAUCAAUAACGCAAAGAAAAACACCGACGGUGCCAACGUAUCGUUAAACGAAUCGGAAAGCUAUACAGUCAUUAUACGAGAACACGAGAACAAACAUCACGGCCACAGUCAUUCUCACGGUCACGUACAUUCGGCUCCUGAAUCCAUGUCCAGCGUAGCUUGGAUGGUCGUUAUGGGAGAUGGUUUGCAUAAUUUCACAGACGGUAUGGCUAUUGGUGCAGCAUUUUCGGCAAAUAUUGCCGGUGGAUUCUCUACGGCUAUUGCCGUUCUCUGUCAUGAAUUGCCUCACGAACUUGGUGACUUUGCGGUGUUGCUAAGAGCGGGUAUGAGUAUUAAACAGGCUAUUUUUUACAAUGUGUUGUCUUCGGUGCUCUGUCUAUUUGGCAUGAUAUUCGGAGUAUCGUUAGGAAGUACUCCAGCCGCAACUAAUUGGCUAUUUGCAGCAGCCGCUGGAAUAUUUAUAUACAUAGCAUUAGUAGAUAUGAUACCAGAAUUAUCAUCGAGUCAUUCCGCGGAAGGUGGUUCGCGAGGGCAGUGUAUUUUGCAAGGUUUAGGGUUGUCGACAGGCCUUGGGAUUAUGUUACUUAUCGCCGCCUACGAGCACGAUCUUAAGCACAUUUUCGAUGACUAGAUUUAUGAGUAAUUUCUCUUGUAAUCAUAUUGUAUCGAUAUUGCAAAAUACAUUUUUUCUUCCUAUUACGUUCGAGUUACUAUAUUUUUCUUUCAUUUAAUGCCUAGCCGCUCUUUAGCGUUUAAUGUUUGUAGUAAAAAUAGGUUUUCUUCAAAAUAAUUACUAUUUCUUAAUUAUUGAUGUUUGAGAGAAAGAACGUAAUGGGAAG